GAGGAAACUGAGGGAAAACCGUUUUCUUUUCUUUUCCUUCCAAAUUCCUUAAACCAAACAUAGUGUUCGAGUUCCUUAAACCAAGCAUUGUGUUAGUGUAAUUUUAAGUGGCUUAUGCGUAGGUAAGCGAUCCUCGUGCAACACAUAAUUGUUGGGCUUACAAGCCAAGACUCUAUCAAUGGUCAUAUAACUGUUAGAAUAUUUGUGCUAAUUAAUUUCUGAGUAUUUUUUUAUGUUAACAAAUAAUAUAAAGCCAGGAUCUUGUUCGAGGACAUAAAGUGAUUGCAAGAAGAGUAUAAUCUUCAACAAAUAAAAGUGCAAUGGCAAAUAAAAUUUAGUUUCUAAAUAUUUACUGUUGGUUUGUAUGAUUCGUGUCCAUGCUUUUUCUAUUUUCGUUCAUAAUUUUUUACUGGACAUCUAUGCACAUAUUCAAGUAACUUGCUUCACCCCCCUCCCCCGAGGUGGCUUCUGGUUAUUCAGUUGUGGUAUCAACAGAAAUUAAGUGUCUAUUGUGACUGAACUGUAAAGUAUUUGAAAAUGAAUACCUAGUACAAUUUGGGUACUUUUGCACAAUGAAUUACUAACUAUUAAGUACUCAAUAAUUAGCCUUAAGAUGAAAAAACUGGAUCAAUAUUCUUGAAUAUAUGAAGUUUGCAAUAUAGGUUGGAGAUCAAUACCGAUGUAAUGAUGAUGGUGAACCAUCUAGUACAGCUGGCAAACCAAUAUAUUCUGCAAUUCUUUCUUCAGGAUUAGACAGGGUCAUUGUUGUUGUAACCAGAUAUUUUGGAGGAAUUAAACUUGGAACUGGGGGAUUAGUAAGAGCUUAUGGGGGGGUUGCCAUGGAAUGCUUGAGAAAUGCUCCUACACGGCUUGUGAAAUCUAAGGUUCCUAUGGGCAUAGAGGUUCCUUUUGAUCUUUUAGGGGCUCUGUACCAUCAGCUACAAACUUUUAAAGUUGAGGACAUUAAACAAGACUAUGAUACAGGGAAAGCUGGUGCAGCCAUGGUCACUUUCAAAGUUGAUUUUGACCGCAUGCAAAGUUUAGAGGAGGCUAUCAAAACUAAUUGCAGUCGGGGUAUUGCGUUUUUCAAGCGUUGAAGUAAUAUUACGAGCUUCUCCUUUAGGACAACACUCCGGGCAACACAAUGAGUCAAUGCCAUCAGUCCAUGGCCCUAGUUUUUCGUUUCUAAGAUUCCACUACUACAUAGAUGUAUGCAUUGUGGUCUCUUCUGUUUUGGCAUAUUCCCCACAGAUUGGACUAGAACAAGAGUCGAUUACGAAAAACAUAAAAGGCAACCUGGUGAACAGCCUGAGGGGUACAUGCCACUUGUGAAAUACCCUUAUUUUAGUGCAAGUUCCAGUGCCCGUUGUGAAAAGGCGUGUAACAUUCGAGUUUUUCUGAAUAGAUGCGACAGAUCACGCAAAACUGCAGAAGCAACAAUUUGCAUGUAAAUAGCUACAAACAUU